UCCGCCAAUUGGCUAACAACUCUCGUGCGCAAGCGUGAAUUACCCUUGUGCGCUUAUCACUGUGAAUCAGCUGAUUUAGUGACGAUUACGGAAAAGGACGGAGUGCAAUCGUUUUUCGUCAAGUUGUCUUCAAUUGUGUCAGUUAAAUAGAAGAAGAAAUUGUAGGAAUACCUUUCGUCAGAGGUUGAAAAAUGUCGCUAAAUACGGCGCACGCAAAUGGCGGGGUUCUCAUACACGCCGGUGAACGGAUACUUUUGUUCUGUGACAAUGUUACAAUGGAAUUCCAUGGGCAGGAGCAGCCAGAAUUCAUUGGAACUAAACGCGGUCGCCUUUAUUUGACGACCCACAGAAUGAUAUUCAAUGCCAAGGAUCAAAAGGAGAAAAUGCAAUCGUUCAGUUUCCCAUUCGUAACGCUCAGUGAGGUAGAGCUGGAUCAGCCGAUGUUUGGUGCUAACUACAUCAAAGGCAAAUGCAGGGCGCAGCCCAAUGGAAAUUGGAUGGGCGAAUGUAAAUUCAAACUGCAUUUUAAGAGUGGCGGCGCUAUUGAAUUUGGUCAAGCCAUGUUGCGAGCAGCCUCCAUGGCUCAACGAAAUGGUCCUGGUUUUGAUGCUCCACCACCGUACCAACCACCAACAACCGAUUGGUACGCAGCUCCACCACCCGCUUAUCAAGCUGCUCCUACAGGCUAUUACGGAUGGAUGCCCCCGACUAAUGUCUUUCCGGAAGUUCCUCCAGCAAACAGCGUUUACAUGACGGACAUGCCGCCGCCAUAUCCGGGUAUAAAUGCUCCGUAUCAAGGAUACGCGACCGGAGGGAAUCCCCAGCAGCAGGCAGGUGCAUGGGGUGGUGGCACUCCCCCUCAACAAAACGGUGUUCCCGGAUGGGCCAAUCCGAAUUACAAUGGCCAAACUAUGUCCCAAGCAGGUGCGUAUCCCGGUCAUCCUGGUUAUGGCCAACCGAAUUACAACAAUUAUCCACCCAAUCCACCGGCCUACUCGACUUACCCGCAAGCCGGUCCACCCGCAGCGUACACCCACCACGGACCUUAUCCUCAGCAAGGAACUUACAAUCCGUAUCCGCCUCCGUACUAAAUCGAACUGUACGCGCUUCUACUUUUUCAUUUCAAUUUUCGACUAUCGAGUUUUCUUUACGUUUGCAUUCAGUCGUUCAUUCGAACAAAAAUGCACUCCAUAUUUUUCGGUAGAAGCCGCCAAUAAUUACCAUUUUUAUAGCUCGAUAAUAUAAUUGAGAGUGAACCUUAUUACCCCGAGGAUAUAACCGAACAAAAUUGAAAUAAACUAGAAAUGGCACGGAUCUGCUUUGACAAACCAACAUACGCAAACAUAAAUGCUACAGUAUUCCCAAAAGUAUGUUUAUCGGUUUGAUCAAGCGCAUUCGGUUUAAUGUGAUUUCUUUAAUUUCUACUCCAGCCUUUUUUUAAGACUCGCUUCCCUCAACAGUCAUUAAGAUUUACAGAGCUUGUGAAAAAAAUUCAACAUCUUACUCAAAACAAUUUGAACAAAAGCAACAUAUAAAACGCAGUACUUUUCGUUGUGCAACAUUAUUGUUCCUAUCGCUCCAAUCUCUUCUGUAUUUCAAUCAAAACUUGGAAAACUCAUAUUCCAUUUCGGUUAAUUAUUAUCCUAGCGAUAAAGACAUUUUUGAGCUUUUUUCUGCCACCAUCGAAUGAUACUUUUUGAACUAUAUACUCCUUUGUUGAAAGCAAUCGAAUUGAAAAUAUGAUUUUUUCUUAAGCUCGACACUGCACUUUUCUCCCUCAACGAGACGUAUAUAUUAUUUAAAAAGCGAAAAUAUACAGAUUGUUACGAAAGGACACAAUCCUUCUGUUAUAAACAACGAACGCUUUAUACCAAUCGACGAUAUACUCGACAAUGCAUUAUUAAAUAUUACUAUUGAAUAA